CAGCGGAUUAAUUCUCUUUCUACCUGGGUGAUGCAGGCAACAUGGGUGAAGGCUUCACGCUUCAUAUCAUUACCGUGACUGCUGGAGAAGAUGUGGGUCAAAAAAUCAUGAUGUUUAUGCAGCAAAGCAAACGUGAAAUAUGUAUUAUUUCAGCAUCUGGUUUGGUCUCUAAUGCAUCUCUACGCCAGCCAGCAACGUCUGGAGGCAGUGUUUCAUAUGAGGGGCGAUUUGACAUUCUUUCUCUAUCUGGAUCUUACAUCCGUGCUGAACUUGGAGGGAGAACUGGAGGACUUAGUGUAUGUCUGUCUAGUACUGAUGGACAAAUCAUUGGUGGAGGGAUUGGUGGACCACUUACAGCUGCAGGCCCGAUUCAGGUAAUUGUUGGUACCUUUCAAAUUGACUCCAAGAAGGAUACCGGUGGUGGUGGUAAAGGAGAUGCUGCUUCGAACAAGUUGCCAUCUGCAAUUGGUGGCACUUCAGUCUCAGAUCUAGGCGUCUGGUCACCUGCUGAUUCUACUCAGCAAACUGUUGGUGGAAGUCCAUUUAUGAUUCAGCAUCAGGGCAUGCAAUUGACACCUUCACAUUCAAUGGAAUGGAGAAAUAGCACCGGUCAUGGCAUGCCGCAAUCUGCCGAGAAUGGUGACUAUUAGAAAAUUCCUGAUUUGUAAAAUACUUUCCUUAGGACGGGGUCUUGUCGGAAAGGAAAAAUGAAAAAAUGAUGACUUAGAAUCUUCUCAGACUACCACCCUAGCUCACCGGAUAUGGACUGUUUUUACCUCUUGGCAGCCGACUAAUGUCAUUCUCGACAGAGUAGAACUUUUAUUGGGAAGGAUUUCUCUCACCUUGCAGACAGUUUUUAUGUAGUACAAUUGGCUAGGUAAGUAACAUUUUUCUGUAGUAAUGCAUUUUCUUGUUGGGACAGCCAGUUGAAGGCCAUAUAUAUUGCUGAACGAUGGUGUUUUAUUUUUUGCUCGUGUCUAUCUAAUAACUAUGUUUACUGUCAUGGAUAAACUUAGUGUCGCUAUAAUACAGUUAUAAUUUGGCAUUUGAUAAUCUGA